AUGGCAUCAAAUCAACAAACUAGCUUCGAAAGAUCUCUAGAUCUCUUUCGACGAGAGCUUUCCGAUGAUCAGGCAACUCAGAACAUACUGGGGCGCAGGAAUGAUCUGUGCAAAUUGACCCGAAUCCAGAAGUUUCUACACGCUAUGGAACAUGUUGAAAAGCUUGUCACAGUAUUCCUCAACGCCAGCGACUUCGUGGCUUUUAUUUGGGGUCCUAUUAAGCUGGCGCUUAUGGUCGCCACAACCUGGACAGAUGCUAUCAGGCAGUUGAUUGACGCUUAUGAAGAGAUCGCAGAAGCGCUAGGCAAUCUCGCCUUCUUCCAUACCCUCAUUCAGAGCAGGAAUCACCUGAAAUUGGUAUUGGAGGAUUACUUUUCGGAUAUCCUUCGCUUUCAUCGCUGCGUUCUAGAUGUUUUUUCCCGUCCAGAAUGGAAGAGAAUCUUUAAAUGGGCGUGGGGAAGCUUUCGGCGCGAAGUCAAGCCAAUUCUCGAAAGUCUCAAACGCAAACAUGCUCUUUUAUCAGAUGACAAGCUGCAAUCCCACGCUAUCCUCAAGGAAGUCCAAGACUCCGAUCAGUACGCUAAGGAUCAGUUCAGUAACCUUCAGACAAGUCUCGAUGAUAUAAGGUCUACUUUGGCUUCUGAGCAGUUGCAAAGCAAGGCUUUACAAUCUCGGGAAAUGAAGACCUACUUGGAGAGUCGACUGGAUAUUUCAACGUCUCGAACUGACCUUCAGCUAGAAUCACAGGAUACUGUCGAUAAAAAUUCUGGCAUUUGGAUCUUUUCCAAUCCAAUUUUCAAAAGUUGGGAGGGAGGAAAAUCUGCAGAGAAAAGGGUCUUGUUCCUCAAUGGCUCCCCUGGUUCUGGCAAGACCACGUUAGCCAAGACGAUUAUUCGUCAUCAAAAGCAGAAAGAAGCUUCUGAGGCUCCCGGGCGGUCUUUUCUAGCUUAUUUCUUCUUCAAACACAAUGCCACGGACCGGAGGACGGCUCGGUCAAUGCUCCAACACGUAAUCAUACAACUUGCUGAUGCAGACGAAACUAUAAUGAGGUUCGCACAUGAAAGCCUUUCCACCAAGGACGUCACCGAACUUGCCGAUCUCAAGGAACUGGCAAGUGAAUGCUUUACAUCUAGGCCGAAUGCAACGCUUGUUCUUGACGGACUGGACGAGGCGAUGGGCAACGAGCAACAAAUCUCGGUCAAGUGGUGUCUGGAUCAGCUUGUUCCAGCUGCAAGAUCCACUGGCUGCCACCUAAGAAUCCUGAUUUGCGGACAGAGAGACGGAAAGCUCGACUGUAUACUAUCAUCACAUCCUCAGAUCCGACUGGAGCUAGUAGAUGCUCACCAACAUGACAUUGAGCAGUUCACGAAAGAGCAAGCCGCGAAGAUACGAACUAGAUUUCGGUUAGCAGCGCCAGAAGAAGAAAACCUGAUCUCCAAGAUAGCGGGCGCCUCUCGAGGGAUGUUUCUAUAUGCAAGAGUGGUCCUUGAUAAUCUUGCAGCCAUGGACUCAAAACGGGACUUUAAAGACGAACUGGAAAGUGACGCUUUCCCGAAAGAUCUUGAUCAAGCUUAUGAUCGUAUCACUCAACGUAUUCUGCAAAACAACCGGCCCUCACGCGACACAAGCGUAAAGAGGAUCCUGGGCUGGAUUAUUUGUGCCGCAAGGCCCCUUCGAUGGCGCGAAAUACAGUCCAGAUUCUGCAUCGACGCAGAACAGCAGAUUUGUGAUAUUGAUAACCUUCGUCUAGACAGCUGCAAACAGAUUUGCAGCUCUUUUGUUGACGUGACGGAUUGCGAGUUGUUCCCACGCAUUGAAUCCGAACAGGUUGUCACCAUGGUUCACGAAACAGCAACCAAAUAUCUCAUUCGCAACAAGACGAUAAAUCUGCUCGAGGAGCAUAUUGACAUGGCUCUUUUUUGUUGCUAUUUUGGGUUCUUGGACUACGCCGCUGCUCACUAUGCCGCCCACGUACAUGAGGUUGAGGCUCCAGAGGUUUCGACGGAUUCAGCACCUAAACUUGAGUCUGUCGAAGCAGCAACAGCUGAUUUGGCAAAAGCACAUGGCAAAGAGGCCUCUGUCGAGACGGGAGAAAUUGCGAAGGCAGCUGAGAACUUGCACUUUGCCAUUCAAGAUAAUGUGCUCGCUGUGCGAAACCUUAUCAGUCUGCAACGACAGAAGUCUGGAAGCGCCUUUUUUGAUGCAACUGAGGGGCCAAUCAGGCACAAGUGUCAUAAGAUACAAUGCUCCAAGUUUGCCACGGGAUUUUCAAACAACUCUGCACUCAAGGAGCACAUAGCAGUACAUGAGAGGCCAUUCAGGCGACUAGAAAGUCAUAACGAGACCUUUCACCAGAGCGUAUCCAGAGCUAAAGCUUUCUUUCCCGCUGAACUUAAGGCUGGCAAAUGGAACCUUGUUGAAGCUUGCAAGGCUGGCGACCUUGAUGAGGUUAAAAGAUUCCACCAAGGGGGAGCUGAUCUCGAAGGUCCUCGGGAAAACCUUGUCACCCCCCUGUAUGCUGCUGCUGAGGCUGGGCAUGGCCCAGUUUGCAAGUACCUCGUCGACAACGGGGUGCGGCCCUUGUUUCAAACAUAUGAUAAGAGAUCCACAAGAAAUCCAAUCAGUGGAGUGAUCAAAGGGUCGCAUCUAGAGAUCUUGGAAUUCUUUCUUCACAGCGGCAAUGGCCCGGACGAUUCCCAGCUGGCAAAAGCUAUUGCCCAGGCGAUACACGCAAACCAUUCAGGCGCAUUGAACAUGAUUCUGACCACACGACAGCCAAGAGACCGUGUCAAGGUGAUAAAGUUGGUUCCACGCGAGAUAAUAUACCAUACCGACAGGGGGUUGGUCGGAGAAAAAUCUCACUUACUAGAAGCCACCCUGAUACAUACUUGGUUCCAAUAUGUCAACCCAGAGUUCUACGACGAAAAAGGGGCAAUCAUUUCACAGUCUGACAGUGCAGAGCAUAAGAUCUGGGGAGACAUCUUUUUUCGACGACUCGAGUUCUUCCACAGGACCCUUCGUAAUGGAUGUUACUCUCUUGCCACGUUCCUAAUGGAUAUCUGGAAUGUUGACUAUCUCCAAAUCAAAAGUGAGGAUGGGGAUACACCAUUGCAUUCUUGCAUCGAAGGAAUAUGCGAAGAGGACUGUAGUAGCUGUAUAUCCAUGAUUCGGCGCCUUCUUCAAUACGACGGUGGCAAAUUCGCCAAUAUUACAGACAGUGGUGGCAGCCUAGCAGCACAUAUAGCAUUGAGUCGCGGUGUCCCACAAGCUGUUCUGCGGGUUGUUCUUGAUAAUACCGGAGAUAUCAACCACAGGGACAACUCAGGACAAAGUCUGCUGCAUGCGGCAACAUCUGCUGGCUCAAUUCGCGUGCUACUGGAGAACGAGUCUGUUGAUCUCUGGAGUACCAACAACAAAGGACGGACCGCAUUUUCAGCAUUUAUCAAGCGUAUUUACGCUGUCGAGGUCGAGGUUCUCGGCCAUCUUUUGGAAGCAGACCCAAGGCUUGCAUGGACACCAGACAAAUCCGAGGAGGGACUCACGCCUCUCCAUUAUGCAAUGAAGGAUUUGAAACUCGAUGAGUUUUACUCAUAUGAUCUACAAACCUCAGCCAGAGCCGCCGAGUUCUUACUAAUGUGCACCGAAGUGGAACGAGUCUUGGUGGCAUAUCAAGCCAAGUCAACGGAUGCCGAUCGGAGAAACGUGCGAGCCUUCGCAGAGGAGGAAAACUUACAGCAAGCACUGGAAAUAAUGGAUUCCAUUGGUUUCAACACUGCAUGA